CUCCUUAAUACACAGCAGAUCUGCCUAGCCCGGGUCCUGUCAUUCCAUCUCGACCGACAGGAGCAGAGCGGCAAACACCCUGAACAGCUUUCUGGACACCAAGAGGAGCUAGAAGCCUGCCGAGAUGUUCAAGGCAGCAGGCAAAGUCUCCCCCAGUAAAGGCUCUCCGAUCAAGCCAACCAAGUCCUCAGCCAGUGAGCUGGCCAUGCUUAUCUCCCGCAUGCAGGCCAAUGCUGACCAGGUGGAGAAGGACAUUCUGGAAACGGAUUCAAGGCUCAAGCAGGACAUAAAUAACCACCAGCAGAACAAGCCACUUGCCUUCCAGCAAGCGAAUGCAAGAAGUCUGAAAGAGGCAGAGACGUUGCUUAAGGACCUCUUCCUGGACGUGGACAAAGCAACGCGGCUGAAGCACCCCCAGGCCAAUGAAAUUGAGAAAGACAUCAAGCAGCUUCAUGACCGGGUGACGCAUCAGUGUGCCAAAUAUCGAGAUCUCUAUGAGAAGUUUAAUGCUCCAGAAGUGAGCCCCAAGGUGGACUGGGCCAAGAUUCUAGACCAGAAGCUGAAGCAAGUCAACUCAGGUCAGUAUGGACCCACUGUGUCGGAGCUGGAGAAACAGAUAGCAGAGCACAACAUCCUUCAGAAAGAGAUAGAAGCUUACGGCCUCCAGAUCAAGAAUCUCCAUACACCGGGCUCAGAUGAUUUGAAGAAUCAGUACAAGGAUUUGCUGAAAACCUCCAUCUGGCGAGGGCAGAGCCUGGGAAGCUUAUAUCACCACCUCCAGUGCUGCACCAAGGAGCUAGGGUACCUCGCAGAUCAGCAGAACAAAAUUUUGAAGCAGGACUGGAGUGACCAAAUGGCUGAUCCCCAGAGCGUGCACCGGGAGUAUGAGGACUUCAAGUCUAAUGAGCUGCUCAACCAGGAGGAGUUUGUGAACCAGCUCCAGGAUGAUGGAGACAGGAUGAUUGAACUGAAUCACCCAGCGGUUGAUCCUAUACAGACUCACCAGGAAGCCUUAAAGACUGAGUGGCAGAAUUUACUCAACCUGUGCAUCUGCCAAGAAAGUCACCUGAAGAGUGUGGAGAACUAUAAGAAGUUCCAGGAUGAUGCUGAUGCAGUAGACCAGUCACUGAAGACAUUGAAGUCUAACCUGGAUACAAAAUACAACAAUUUCAACAAGGAGAGUCCGGGGAUGGUGUCUGACUUCCUGUGUCAACUGGAGAAUGAGGAGAAGACUGUGAAACAAGCAGAGAAAAGCAUCACUGAGCUGAAGAGGAGGAGCAAAGAGAUCAGCCCUCUGAAAAUGCGCCGGUCCCACCCCACCCAACCCCUUGCUUUGGACACCCUCUGUGACUGGGUUGCCUGUGAGGUGCAGCUCAAGAGGGGUGAAAAGUACACUCUGAAAGACAACAGCAACCAAGAGAACUGGGUGGUGCAGAGUAGCCAAGGGGUGACAAAGACGGCACCUGCUGCCUGCUUCUCCAUCCCUCCUCCAGACCCAGAGGCCAUCGACAGAGUGCAUCAGCUUGAAGGUGACUUGAAUGCAAUGAAGCAGAAGAGAGUGUCAGUUCAGAACUCCCUGAGAAACAGUCGCAAGGAGCCGAUUAUACCCAGCCACCAAGCUCCAAUUAAAACACAUACUGUUGCCAGUGAUGAUUCCCAAGCUGGCCAGCUCCUCAAUAAGCUGGAUAACCUGAGUGGGGACUUGGUCCAAGUAGAGAAGGAUGUUUUUAACCGGGUGAGGUCCCCAGUGAACCACAGUGACCCUAUAGAGGACCUUACCAAAAGGAUUAAAGACCAGGAGGGAACAACCAAGAGACUUCAGGACAUUGAAGCAGAUAAGGAUGCCUUGCAGAAGGAGUGUGAGGCCUACCUUUCCAAGAAACCCGUGGGCACCUCUGCCUCUCAGCUUCCCGUAACUUUGAACAACUUCAAAAACAAGUACAAUGAUGUCAAGAUGCUGUCCAGCCUAUACAAUGAGAAAGCCAAGGCAGCCCUGAACCUGGAGAAUCGGAUCGAGAACACGGACAAGGUCAUCAGCAGCUUUGAGGCCAAGCUGGCUCAGGACAGCACCAUCCCUGCCUCCCCCAAUGCCCUGCAGGAUCGUGCCAACGAGCUGCAGAGAAUGAGGCGGGAACUGGUUGCCCGAGAGGACUGUUUGCUGAAGCUGAAUCGCAGCCUCAAGGACACUGAGCACAGCUGCAGCGCUGUGCAGAACAACUUCCAGGAGUAUUGCCCCGACUUCCCCAGGCAGAAGAGGGAGGUGCAGCUUCUUAAUGACCGUUACCAUGCCGUGGCUGACCAGCUGGAUCACCGGGAGAAGACCCUCCGGAGCAUCAGCCUUACCUACCAGCAGUUCCAAAACUCAAAUGAGAACUUGAUGUUUUGGAUGAACAGCCUGCCCAAGCACCAGGUCAAGACCACAGAUGGGCCAAGUCAGAUCAACUACAAGCUGCAGGCACAGAAGAGGCUGGUGGAGGAGAUCCAGGGCAAGGAACCAGAGAAGAGCUCAGUGAUGAAGCUAUCCCAGAAUGUGCAGUCAUCUCUCAACGACUAUGAACUUCAGGCAAGCAAAUACUGCUCCUCUCUGGAUCCAGCCAUGAGCGCUUCUGCUGCCAAGAGGCUGCGUGUCACACCACUGCAGGAGAGCAUCCAGGCCCAGGAAAAUGAUGUGACAAAACUGUACACGGAGCUUGCAGCGGAAAACAAGCAGCAGCUCAGCCGGCUGGAGUUUGCCAAGAAGAUUAUGGAGAAGAAGGAAGUAAAUGAGGAGGUACAGGCAGUACAAGAACAAAUGCAACAGUCAGAAAACCUGGCCUCAUCAACCAGAGAAUCGCAGUUACUGAGAACACAGCUGGAGGAAGAGAAGGGCAAAGUUGCCAAAGUGGAGCAGGAUCUGGAAGAACAUAGAAAUAGGCUACUGAUGCUGAAGACUCAGAGGCCCAUUGAAAGGGUGGAAGAAAAAGAGGUGGUGGAAUAUUACCGAGACCCAAAACUGGAGAGAGACCUGUCCAAGAUGAAGCAUCAGAUCGAAGAGGAGAGCAGAAAGAGGAACAGCCUGCAGGCAGACAUUGAGACAAUGAACAGGAAGCUCAUCCAGAUGGAGGAGGAGGGGAAGGCCAUCACAGCCCAGCUGCUGACCAAAGAGGUCACCAAAAUCGAGAGGGACCCAGCUCUGGAUAGCAAGGCAGCCAGCCUCCAUGAAGAAAUCAAGCGCCUCCAAAAGGGGAGCUCUGUGGCUGCCUCUGAACUGGAACGGCUCAGGAAAGACCUGUACGUUCUGGAACAGAAGCAGCCCAAAAUCCGAGAGAAAGUGGUGGUGAAAGAGGUGGUCAAGCUGGAGAAGAAUCCGGAGAUGCUGAAAGCCGUCAUGACACUGCAGAUGCAAAUUGAAGAGGAAACCUUCAAGAGGAAGUCGGCAGAGGAUGCAAUAAUCAAACUGAAGAGCAGAACUGAUGAACUGGAAAGGCUGAUUGAAACAGCAGAGCCCAAAAUCAUUGUAAAGGAGGUGAAGAAGGUGGAACAGGACCCAGAGCUGCUGAAAGAGUCUUCUCAGCUUAGAACUCUGAUUGGGGAAGAGCAGAAUAAAAACCUGCUGCUAACAGGAUUGCUGGCUGAGCUGCAAAGCAAAUACAGCAUUGCAGAGAGGCAAAAACCUAAAGUAGAGGUGAAGGAGAGGGUCAAUGAGAUUUUCCUGGUGGAUCCAGAAACCGAGAAGGAGAUUGAACGUCUGAAAUGGGAACUACAGGAGGCUGCUAGUAAAAGACAAAGGAUUGAAAAGGAGGUGGAAGAGGUCUUGCCUGAACUGAACAUCCUCCGGUCUCAGAAACCCACUGUGGAGUAUAAGGAGGUGAUCCAGGAAGUGGUGAAACAUGAGAAGAGCCCAGAGAUCCUUAGAGAAAUUGACCGGCUGAAGGAACAGCUCAAUGAGCUGGUGAACACCAAUGGCAGGACCCAGGAACAGCUCAUUAGACUUCAGGGUGAAAGGGAUGAAUGGAAGAGAGAGAGGUCCAAGGUCGAAACCAAGCUGGUCAACAAGGAGGUCAUCCACUAUGAAAAUGACCCACUCCUGGAAAAAGAGGCUGAACGCCUCCGCCAAGAGGUUCGCAGGAUGUCUCAGAAGAGGAGAGCAGCAGAGGACACCAUCUAUGACCUACAGAGUAUGUACCUGCUGCUGGAGAGGAGAAAGCCUGAGGAAAAGGUCGUGGUGCAGGAGGUGGUUCUGACCCAGAGGGAUCCAAAGCUCAGAGAAGAUCAUAAGAGGCUGAGCAGGAGUUUGGAUGAGGAAGUAAGCAACCGGCGUCACCUGGAACGGGAGGUGCAGCAGCUCCGUUCAGUGGUGGAAGAGAAUGAGAGGUUGCUUAACUUUCAGGAGGAUCGAAAGAAGAGGCUGGCAUUGGAAAAGGAGAUGAGGCAGAUAACCAUGAGAAUAAAAGAAUUGGAAGAAAGCCCCACGCCAGUGCAAGAAAAGAUCAUUAUGGAAGAAGUGGUCAAGCUAGAGAAGGAUCCCGUUCUUGAGCAGUCCGCUAGCAGCCUGCGGAUAGAGUUGGAUGACGAGAAGAUGCAAGUUCUGAACCUGCAAAGAGAAUGUAAGAGCCUGCAGGUGCAGGUUGAUAUUCUGCAGAAAACUAAGUCCCAGGAGAAGACCAUCUACAAGGAGGUCAUCCGAGUAGAGAAGGACAGAGUGCUAGAGAACGAACGUGCCCGGGUGUGGGAGCUGCUGAGCCGGGAGAGGACAGCUAGGCAGAAUGCAGAAGAGGAGAUACGGAGGCUCAGGGAGAGGAUCGAGAGAGCUGAAGGCAUGAAGAGGACCUGGGCACGGGAGGAAGCAGAGCUCCAGAAAGCGCGGAACCUGGCAAUCCAAGAGCGAACCACCCUGGAGGGUGAGCUGAGGGAGCUGGAAAGGCAGAAGCAGCAGAAAGUCCUCUUCCUCCGAGAGGAGUCCAAGCUGCUGAGCCAAAGGACAGAGAGUGACAGGCAGAAGAAGAUGCAGCUGGAGCAUGAGGUUUCCCUCCUGGAGUCGGAUAUCCUGAGGGAGAAGGACCAGAUUUAUGAAAAAGAGAGGUCCCUCCGAGAACUGCAGUCCAGGGUGAACCGGGAGGAAAUAAGCCACGAGACCCAGAUGAGGGAGACCAAUCUCUCCACCAAAAUCUCCAUUUUGGACCCUGAGACUGGGAAGGACAUGUCUCCUUAUGAGGCCUACAGGAGAGGCAUCAUAGACAGGAAUCAGUAUAUCCAACUGCAAGAACUGGAGUGCGACUGGGAGGAAAUCACUACCCUUGGCCCCAGUGGUGAUGUCUCUGUCCUCCUUGACAAGAAGAGUGGGAAGCAGUACUCCAUUGAGGAUGCUCUGAGGUCCAGGAGGAUCACUAAGGAAGAGUACCAGCUGUACAAAGAUGGCAAGAUCCCAAUCUCUGAGUUUGCCCUGCUUGUAGCAGGGGAGUCCAAGCCACUCCAGUCUCUGUCAAUUGGCUCCAUUAUCUCCAAGUCUCCGCUCUCCUCACCAACCACCCAGCAAACUCAAACCUUCUUUCCUCCAAACCCACAGAAAAGCUUCUGUGAUGACAACUUUCCCAUCGCUGGGGUGUAUGACACUACCACAGACACAAAGUACAACAUAAAAACUGCUGUCACCAGGAAGGUGCUGGACCCCAUGACAGCUCAAAAGCUUCUUGAAGCUCAGGCAGCGACCGGGGGCAUCAUCGAUCUUCUUUCGCGGGAUCGGUACUCUGUCCACAAAGCCAUCGAUAAAGGGCUGAUUGACCGAACCUAUGUGCAGAGGCUGCUGAAUGCCCAAAAGGCUUUCACAGGCAUCGAAGACCCAGUGACCAAGCGGAGGCUCUCAGUUGGAGAAGCAGUUCAGAAAGGAUGGAUGACCAAGGACAGCGCCUUCCCCUACCUGGAGGUACAGCACUUAACCGGAGGACUCAUCGAUCCCAAGAAAACCGGUCGCAUCCCAGUGCCAGAAGCUGCCCAGACAGGUAUGAUUACCGAUGACCUGGCCAAAAUGCUCCGUGACGAGUCUAACUACGAGAAGGAUCUUGUCGACCCCAUCACCAAAGACAAGAUAAAUUAUAAGGAAGCUAUGACCCGCUGCCGGAAGGAUGCCCGGAGUGGCCUCUUGCUCCUCCCUGCCACCUCUGAGGGGUUUCAGUCUUACCGCUCAGUGAGCCAUUCUCCAAAACUGUCCCGGUUCGGAUGGUAGUGUUCACAGAUGGACAGACUGCCUAGCAUUUAAGGGUGUGCAGUCUUAUACUUAGCUAUUCAUGGGUGCCAGUGACUGGGGCAACCUAACAUAUAGCAAGGAGGCCGGCGUUCAUCAGGGUGGCAGGGUUCUAGCACCAGCCUCUAGAUGCUGUUUUGCCAGGAAAGGUGACUCUUUAGAGAAAAUAUGCUUCUGAUAGCUUCAGAUCUGUUGACUUCAGAUCAGCUUGUGGGGACGCAUAUCAGUGCAUUUUCAAGUUUGGCCAUUUCUUAUGCAUGCAAUAAAACUAGAAAUUGUCUCCA